CGUUUUCAAACCAUCCAUUUGUUUGAAUUCAUGGUGUCUAUCUCAAAUUUUUUAGAUUUUUUUAUAAUUUUAAUUGAACUCCUUUUUUUUAGAUUAUAAGCAUCCUAUGCUUGAAAUGAUAGAAAAUUUCAAUUAAAUUAGUUAGCAGCGUGCUUUACCCGUAAUGGUAAGCCAUAGAAGAAAAAUCAACUGUAUAUUUGCUUGAUGUCUUCCAUCUUGUUCUUGUGCAUAUUCUUGUUGUGUUUCUGUAGUGUGGAUUAUUGCUAUGCUACAGAUACUUUAAAGCAUGGCGAGAGGAUUACUAACGAUGGAGGAACCCUUGUCUCCAGUGGAGGAAAGUUUGAACUGGGUUUCUUUAACCCGAUCAAAAGCUCUAGCCCGACUAGCCACAAAAAGUUCGUUGGGAUAUGGUACAAACAUGAUCAACAAACAGUUGUGUGGGUUGCCAACCGAGACAGCCAACUUAACGGUUCCACUGGAACUUUUGGAAUUGCAGAGGAUGGCAACCUUAAGGUAUGGGAUAGUACUGGAAACGUUUAUUGGAGUACAGGUGUUGAGAAUUCUUCAUCUACAAAUCGAACUGUGAAGCUCAUGGAUUCUGGAAACCUGGUCUUAAGGGAAGAUCAGUUGGCGACCAAUCUGUGGGAGAGCUUCCAAAAUCCAACUGAUACAUUUCUUCCAGGUAUGAAGAUGGAUGAUAACUUGAGAUUGACUUCGUGGAUAGGUGAUGGUGACCCGAGAACGGGGCAGUUCACUUUUAAGCAAGAUCUAGAAGGAGAGGGCUACUACGCUAUCUUAAAAAAGCAUGGCGAUUAUUGGAGAAGUCGGAUUUCAGGUAACUUCUUGAGAACAGAUGAAAUGCCCUAUGUCAUAGCCUACUUGUUAUCAAAUUUCAGCAAGAGCGUGAAUCAUACCAAUUACACAGGCUUAGUGAUGAAUUAUACGGAUUAUAGUCAGGGAAGGUUAGUGAUGAAAUAUAACGGGGAAUUACAGUAUCUGAACUGGGAUGUGGACCAGGGAAUUUGGUCUUUGAUAUGGAAGGGGCCGGAAGACCAAUGUCGAAUUUACAAUGCUUGUGGGAAAUUCGGUAGCUGCAAUAUUAACAAUAGGUUGGUCUGCAAAUGUUUGCCUGGGUUCCAGCCUACUAACCUUAAGAAUUGGGAUUCUGGAGAUUUUUUGGGUGGGUGCACCAGAAAGUCGACAUCAUCUGACAAGAGCGACAUGUUCUUGAGCUUAAAGAUGAUGAAAGUGAGCGACCCAGACUCGAAUUUUCUGGCAAAAAAUGAAACAGAAUGCAGAAAUGAGUGCCUUAACAAAAGCCAGUGCCAGGCUUAUUCAUAUGAUGGGGAAGCUCAAAACAGCAACCUAAGAAGUGAUAGUACACAAACGAUGUUUCCUGCUAGGACCAACAUCUGCAACAUUUGGUUUGGGGAUCUAAGUAAUCUUCAAGAGGAGUACACAAACGGUGGUCGUGACCUCUCUGUCCGCGUGGCAAAAUCUGUUAUAGAACCAACGGUUAGUAAUUGUGAGCCUUGUGGGACAAACGUGGUCCCCUAUCCGCUGAGCACUGGACCAAAUUGCGGUGACCCCAUGUACUUCAGUUUCUACUGCAACAGUUCCACUCGCCAGGUUAGCUUCAAGACACCUAGUGGCACCUAUCGUGUCGAUAGUAUCAAUCCAAGUACAGCAACAUUUGUCAUCAAAGUCAACGAUGCAGAAAAUCCUGAAGCUAGAAGUCCAAGAGGAACUCUGCUGCUCAAUUACACACUGCCAUUUAAUACGCCAGGCCGGUUUACUGCUAAUGAAGUAGAGAUUAGUUGGGAGCCACCACUGGAGCCAACCUGUACUUUACUCACAAACUGCAAGGGCUGGCCAAAUUCAACUUGCGAAAUAACAAGAGAUGGAGAAAGGAGGUGCCUUUGCAAGCAAAACUUCCGAUGGAAUGGUUCCACUGUAACUUGUACUCGAGAAGGUAAUCUUUCUCAGUGGUUAAAAGAGCCUUCAAAAAGAAAGAAACGUUUGCUUCUGAGUGUUGUGGUACCUCUUAUAAGUGUGUUUGCUCUCACAUGUACCAUUACUUCUAUAUAUGUAUGGAGAAGAAAGAUUGCCAAGGAAGAAGAGAUUAGAAGAAGUGAUGAAAGAAAUCGAGCACUUCGUACUUUAGAUAGUGAAAGACAUCUCAAAGACUUAAUGGGAUCAGGUGAGUUUAGAGAAGAAGAUGAGAGAGGCAUAGAUGUACCCUUUUUUCAUUUAGAAAGCAUUCUAGCAGCCACAGAUAGCUUCUCGGAUACAAAUAAGCUCGGAGAAGGGGGCUAUGGACCUGUUUACAAGGGCACAUUUCCAGGAGGUCAAGAAAUUGCAAUAAAGAGGCUCUCAAGUGUCUCAAGACAAGGCUUACAAGAAUUUAAAAAUGAGGUGGUGUUGAUUGCAAAACUGCAACACAGGAAUCUUGUUAGGCUUCGAGGAUAUUGCAUAAAAGGAGAUGAAAAAAUUUUACUCUACGAGUACAUGCCCAACAAAAGCUUAGACUCAUUUAUAUUUGAUCAAAAGCUAAGUAUGUCUUUGGAUUGGGAGAUGCGCCUCAAAAUCAUUCUGGGAAUAGCUCGUGGGCUUGCUUAUCUUCAUCAUGACUCGAGAUUGAGGAUCAUCCAUAGAGACCUAAAAACUAGCAACAUUCUUCUAGAUGAGGACAUGACUUCCAAGAUAUCCGAUUUUGGCUUGGCAAGGAUGAUUGAAGACAAGGAAACUAGAGCAAACACAACUAGAGUAGUUGGAACUUAUGGUUAUAUGUCUCCAGAGUACGCAAUAAAAGGAAUUUUUUCAGUCAAAUCCGAUGUUUUUAGCUUCGGAGUGGUUUUACUUGAGAUUAUAAGUGGAAAAAAGAAUACAGAAUUUCAUCAAUCAGAACUUGCCAUGAGCCUUAUUAGUUAUGCAUGGAGAUUGUGGGUAGAAGACAAGGUGUUGGAUUUAAUAGACGAGACUCUACGUGAAGUUUGCAGUCCAGAUCAGUUUGUGAAGUACGUAAAUGUUGGACUCUUAUGCGUACAAGAAGACCCAAAUGACCGCCCAACCAUGUCAACUGUUGUUACCAUGCUUGACAGCGAAUCUGCAACUAUUCCAACUCCUAAACGGACAGCUUUUGUUCCAACUCCGAGAGGCUUUUCUAGCACAACUACUUCUUCUAGUGGACCAGACACAUAUACAGGAUCAACUGGUAGUUUAGCAGGAAGGAGCUCCUCUCUAGUCUCUAUACUAUCUUUACAAAUUGCUCCAGCAAAACCCAUCGUCAAAACCCAAUUUCAAGCCGAGAGCUCGAGGCCGGUCGGAUUGACUCGGAAGACCAAGGUUCUCUGUUUCGCCAUAUUUGAUGAUUUUCUUCAAGAUCACGUUUCAAGCAUUCAACUAAUUUGCAUUAAAUUAGUUACCUGCAUCCAUGCUUUAUUCGUUAUGGUAAGCCAAAGAAGAAAAAUCAACUGUACUAUAUUGUUGUACAUACUCUUGUUGUAUUCCUGUCGUGUGGAUUUCUAUGUCACAGGCCAAGAUACAUUAAAGCGUGGAGAGUGGAUUACUGACAAUAAAACCCUUGUCUCCAGUAGUGAAAGGUUUGAAUUGGGAUUCUUUAACGCUACGGGAAGCUCUAGCUCCAAAAGCUAUGUCGGGAUAUGGUACAAAUGGGAUCAACAAACAGUUGUAUGGGUUGCCAACCGAGACAAACCUGUCCUCAACGGUUCCACGGGAGUUUCUUUUGGAAUUACAAACGAUGGCAAGUUUCAGAUAUGGGAUAUUAAAACUAGACACGUUUAUUGGAGUGUAGACGAUGAGAGUUCUCGGUCUACAUAUCGAUCUGUGACGCUCAUGGAUUCUGGAAACCUGGUCUUAAGGGGUGAUCAGCUGGGGACGAGUCUGUGGGAGAGCUUCAGAAAUCCAACUGAUACAGUUCUUCCAGGUAUGAAGAUGGAUAAAGAGCUGACAUUGACUUCAUGGAUAGGUGAUGGUGACCCAGAAAGUGGGGAUUUCACGUUUCAGCAAUAUCAAGAAGAAGAGGGCAAAUACGUUAUCUCAAAAAAGACAGGCGAUUAUUGGAGAAGUUGGAUGUCAGGCAACUUCUUCAGCUCAGGUGAAAGGCCCAGUUUCCCCGAUGCCGUAGCCAACUUAUUAUCAAAUAAAAGCAACUGCUUCAGGCGUACCGCGUAUGUGAUCAGGUGUUCGCAGGAUUCAAGUAUCAGAAGGUUGGUGUUGAAUUAUGCGGGGGAAUUACAGUAUCUGAACUGGAAUGCGGAAAAGGGAAAUUGGGAUUUGAUAUGGAGGGAGCCGGAAGACGAAUGUAGCAUUUACAAUGCUUGUGGGAAAUUCGGCGUCUGCAAUAUUAACAAUAGGGUGGUAUGCAAAUGUUUGCCUGGCUUCCAGCCUACUAACCCGAAGCACUGGGAUUCUGGAGAUUUUUUGGGUGGGUGCACUAGAAAUUCGACAUCAUCUGACAACAGCGACAUGUUCUUGAGCUUACAGAUGAUGAAAGUGGGCAAACCAGACUUUAAUUCCAAGGUAGAAAAUGAAACAGAAUGCAGAAAAGAGUACUGCCUUGAGAACAGCCAGUGCCAGGCUUAUUCAUAUGAUACUACUGGGACCGACAUCUGCUGGAUUUGGAAUUCGGAUCUAAAUAAUCUUCAAGAAGAGUACACAAAUGGUGGUCAUAACAUCUUUGUCCGAGUCGCAAAAUCUGUUAUAGAACCUACUGCUAGGAAUUGUGAGCCUUGUGGCACAAACCUGAUCCCCUAUCCGCUGAGCACUGGAACAAAUUGUGGUGACCCCAUAUACUUCAGUUUCUACUGCAACACCUCCUCAGGCCAGGUUAGGUUCAAGGCACCCAGUGGCACUUAUCGUGUUGCUAAUAUUACUCCAAGUACACAAAAAUUUGUCAUCCAAAUCAAACAUGCAGAAAAUAUUUAUGAUAGAAAUUUAGGAGGAAAUCUGCAACUCAAUCAAUCAUUGCCAUUUAAUGCGACCAUUGGCAACUUUAGUUCUAAAGUUGAAGUAGAAAUCAGUUGGGUGCCCCCGCAAGAGCCAACCUGUACUUCAUUGACAGACUGCAAGGACUGGCCAAAUUCAAUUUGCAAUAUAACAAGAGAUGGAUACAAGAGGUGCCUUUGUAAACAAAACUUCCAAUGGAAUGGCUCCACUUUAAAUUGUACUGAAGGUAAUCUUCCUCGGGGAUUAAAAGAGCCUUCAAAAAGAACGAAGCGGCUGCUUCUGAGUGUGGUGGUACCUCUAAUUGUAGGUGUGUUUGCUCUCACAUGUACCAUUACUUCUGUAUACGUAUGGAGAAGUAAGAUGGCCAAGGACGAAGAAAUUAGAAGAAGUGACAGAACAAAUCAAGCACUUCGUUCAUUAGACAGUGAAAAACAUGUCAAAGAUUUAAUAGAGUCAGGUCAAUUUCGAGAAGAAGAUGAGAAAGGCAUAGAUGUACCUUAUUUUGAUUUGGAAAGCAUUCUAGCAGCUACAGAUAGCUUCUCAGAUGCAAACAAGCUUGGAGAGGGGGCCUAUGGACCUGUUUACAAGGGCAUAUUUUCAGGAGGUCAAGAAAUUGCAGUAAAGAGGCUCUCAAAUGUCUCAGGACAAGGCUUACAGGAAUUUAGAAAUGAGGUGGUGUUGAUUGGCAAACUUCAACAUAGAAAUCUUGUUAGACUUCGGGGAUAUUGCGUAAAAGGAUAUGAAAAGAUUUUGCUCUAUGAGUACAUGCCCAACAAAAGCUUGGACUCAUUUAUAUUUGAUAAAACGCUAAGCAUGUCUUUGGACUGGGAGAUGCGCUUCAAAAUCAUUUUAGGAAUUGCUCGUGGGCUUGUUUAUCUUCAUCAUGACUCCAGAUUGAGGAUUAUUCAUAGAGAUAUGAAAACCAGUAACAUUCUUUUAGACGAAGAAAUGAACCCCAAAAUAUCCGACUUUGGCUUGGCAAGGAUGAUUGAAGGCAAAGAAACCGAGGCUAGCACAACCAAACUAGCUGGAACUUAUGGCUAUAUGUCUCCGGAGUACAUACAAAAUGGAAUGUUUUCAUUCAAAUCCGAUGUUUUUAGCUUUGGUGUGGUUCUACUUGAGAUUAUAAGUGGAAGAAAGAAUGAUGGCAACAUGAGCCUUAUAGGUUAUGCUUGGAGAUUGUUGGAUGAAAACAAGGUGUUGAAUUUAGUGGACCAGACUCUACGUAAAGAUUGCAAUGCAGACCAGUUAGUGAAGUGCGUAAAUAUUGGAUUCUUAUGCUUACAAGAUGACCCAAAUGACCGUCCCACCAUGUUAAAUGUUGUUACCAUGCUUGACAGUGAAGCUGCACCAAUUCCAACUCCAACACGACCAUCUUUGGUUCCAGGGGCAUGCCUUUCUAGCACAACUAGUUCUUCUACUAGACCGGACACAAUUACAGAAUCAACUAGUAGUUUCGGAGGAACAUGAUACCAAUGCAAGUUUUCUUGAAUCUGUCAUCUCUUAAUAAGAAGGUUUUAGCGUGGACAAACCAUUGGUUUUAUGAAUAAGAAGGUUUUAGUAGCCCUUCACCGAAAUGAAACUAUUCUCCCAAUAUCUAUUCAUUUUCUUGAACCUUCUUUGUGGUAUUUGUAUUUGGUGAUGAUUGUAAUUUCAUUUUUCUAUUUUGUUUUGGUCAUUGUGAAGUAACCUACAUGUAAGAUUUGAAUAUCUAUUCCUUUACUUGAAACUUCUC